CUUGGAGUCACACAGCAGGAGGUCAUUCACUAAAGGAGACCAGCUGAGUGGAUGUGACUUGAGUCUGCACAGGGGAGAUGUUGUAAACGGAGGAACAUUGUUUUGAGACUUUUUUCUCUCCAUGAAAGAAGCCGUCCUCAGCACCACAAUGUGGAAACCCUCCGCCGGAUCAAAGAGCACCUUCAGUCCCGUUACUUCCACCGCGGUCACCUGCCUGCUCGUGACCGGGUUGCUGGUCUUCACUGUCGGACACCCGAGCAGCGGAGACCCGGACGUGCCUCCAGCUGCUGCGGCGAUGAGCGGAAAAGUUUUCUCGGCGUAUUUCAAGAAACUCACCCGGGAGAGGCGAGCUAUAAGCGCCCCCCCGCGGAGAAGCGCUCCCCCAGGACCGGUGGAGCAUCUCUCCCCGGCUGACUUGUUCAUAGCAGUGAAAACCACCGGGAGAUAUCACCGGAAGAGACUGGAGCUCCUGUUGGACACCUGGAUCUCCAGAAACAUGCAACAGACAUUCGUGUUCACUGAUGGAGAGGACGACAAGCUGAGGAAAAGGAUGGGGGCUCACCUGAUAAACACCAACUGCUCAGCGGCCCACAAUCGUCAGGCCCUCUCCUGUAAAAUGGCUCUGGAAUAUGACACUUUUAUUAAGUCUGGCAAGAAGUGGUUCUGUCACGUCGAUGAUGAUAACUACCUGAACGUCGGCCCCCUCCUGAAGCUGUUGUCUCAGUACAGUCACAAACAGGACGUUUACAUCGGCAGGCCGAGCCUCGAGCGGCCAAUCGAGGCCACGGAGAGGCUCGGCACCACUGACAUGAAGCAGGUGCGUUUCUGGUUUGCCACAGGAGGAGCAGGAUUCUGUCUGAGCCAUGGCCUCGCUCUCAAGAUGAAACCCUGGGCGAGCGACGGCACCUUCGUGGCGACAGCUGAACACAUUCGCCUCCCGGACGACUGCACCGUCGGUUACAUCGUGGAGGCGCUGCUUGGCGUGAGCCUCAUCCGCUCAGCGUUGUUCCACUCCCACCUGGAGAACCUGGGGCUGGUGUCAGACAUACACAACCAGGUGACUCUCAGCUACGGCACAGUGGAGAACAGCAGAAACACCGUCAACGUGAAGGGACCGUUUUCAAUAAAUGAAGAUCAUACAAGGUUCAGGUCGGUCCAUUGUCUGCUGUACCCAGACACUGCUUGGUGCCCCAGCACUCUGCGACUUUAACUCCCGUCCAGAGACGGACUGACUGCUGCAGGAGGAUGAAGUAAAUGUCUGGCUUAACUCAAUUUUCUCUGAAGGAGGAAAUCACUGCAGACAUCCAGGAAUACGGAGAGGGAGUGUCACUGCCGCCCUCCUCUGGCUCCCCAGUGCUGCGAAAGGUUCUCCUCACGUCCAGCAGGAGAAGCAGCAUGACCUCUGACCCUGUCAAUUAUUGUUAAGGUGUCAAAAGACAAAAAAGAAAAAUGGCAACAAGUAAAGAAGAUUGAAGGUCAAAAUUCUUGGAUGGAUGACAAGUUGAGAACUUUUGCUAUUUUUAGAUCCCGACGGAAAAGCCCUGUUACAUGAGUCAGAAGGAUUUAUCCUCCGUACAGAGUGCCCUGUGUUUCCUCUUGUCUCAGCCUGACGGCCCCCGGCCUCAGCUGUCCUGUGUCCCUUUCAGCUCUUGUCUGUUUGCUGCAUUGAGCUUCUUGCUAUCGUAAUAUGUAACGUUUAAUAUUGAGGCUUAGAGUCGUGUUGGUCUUUUGCAGCUUGUUUCUUAAUUCUUGCCCAACAUUUUAUUAGUUCUAAUAAUAUUGUGCUCAUCAAAGUAACUGCUGAGAUCCAUAACUACAACAAGAAACAUAAGGCUUCAGAGAGUUAAUCAAACACUUUGUGUACGUGUUUGUUGGGAGUAAACAAACACGAUGUAACGUGUUGAAUCAGUGAGCGAAGGCAGAAUGUUUUACUGUUGGACAGAGCUAAGCUAGCUAGUUCCCCCAGGUUCCAGUGUUUACGCUACGCUAAGCUAAGCUAAGCUAAGCAGCUGCCAGCUGUAGCGCUAUGGAAUCUUCUCAAGAAUGCAAAAAAGCCUUUUUCUCGAAAUGUGGAAUUAUUCCUUUAAGUCAAAUGAUCUAAACCAUUUUAUUUGGAGGUAAAAACUGAGCACGAGAAAGUCACCAAUAAUCCCUUUGCACUGGAAAACAACUCGAGUAAGUAGAGCAGGUCAAAGGUUGGACCACGAAGUCAUCGUAAAGUAUCUUUUUACCAGCGUUGCCACAUUCCCAGAUCCCAGUGCUGGAUGAUUAGACAUGUUGGUGUUGGUCACUAAAGCAUUCGUCCUCUGGGAACUAUAAAUGUCGGCACCAAUUUAUUGACAAUCCGUCCGAUUUUUAGUUUUUGCGAUAUUUCCCGCUGGACCAACAGACGGAGACGAUCUCUUACCUGCUGCUGUUUAAAGAAGCUUGUUCUGCUCACAUCCUCCAACAUUUCCAAUUUCUUCUCUCCACUUUCUGUGAAAGAUAAUUCUUUUGAAGUCAGUGAAUCAGGUAACACGGUUGCCGACAUGUUACUCAGUUUGUAAAGUAUGUUCAUUAUUAUCUUUCUCUGAAGUAUAUCAUCAUGACGAGGACUUUGCUGUUUGCAAUUCAUCAUAUUUAAAAACAACUUUUUUUUUUCUUUUGACAUUUUGGGGAAAUACGCUCAUUUCUUUCCUUGACGAGUGUUAGACAACGUGGUCACUUGUGAGCUGCAGAGGUUCUCGUGAACUCAUUGGGUUGCCCUCAGACUAAACCGGGCUAACUGUUUGCUCCUGUCUUUGUGCUAAGCUAAGCUAACUAGCUGCUGGUUCAAGCUACACAUUUAGCGUACAGGACAUGAGAGCGCUAUCAUCUAACUCUUGGCAAGAAAGCGAUUUUUUUUUUAAAAAGUCUAAAUUUCAUAUUGUAAACUUUUCCAGUGAAGCCUCUGUUACAAAGUAUGCUUCUAAAAGGGGGGGGGGGGGGGGGGACAUCACCUGCAUUUAUCCAUUUUAAAUGGCUGAACUUUGACUGCUUUUAAAGCGUUACGCAGUGUAACAGGAACAAACCCUAAUGACUCACGUUGGGUCGUCUUUUAUCUUUCUGUGCGUUGAAAGCAGUUGUUACAACUGAAUGAAAGUUUGUAAGUUAAACUCUGUCCCGUGUUAAAUGAAUGUAAAUGAUGAACCGUUGCUUCUGAAGCGUAUGUGCUCCAUCCAGUAUCUGGACUGUGUGUAGACGUGGAAUAAAAAAGGUUUUGCUCCGUGAAUAUGUUUCUGUGGUUGUCUGCUACAACACUUUUGGAGGGGGGGGGUUUAAAUGGGGUUUGUAAAGGACACUGCUUCCACCUUUCACCUCCAACCUUGUUUAAGAGCUGUUGGCUUCCUGACCCCCCCCCCUGCAUCUGUAACCCCACAAAGAAAGCCGUCCUCUUAUCUGAUCAAGCCACACACACAAGGCCCUGGAGAGAUAAAGGCCGAAGCAAAAGUGUGUGUGUGUGUGUGUGUGUGUGUGUGUGCUCAGAUGUCAGAAUGUGAGGUUAUUCUGCUUCUGAGUGACACCUGCUGGCUGCAUGUGUUACUGCAAAGAUUAAACGCUAGUUUAGUUUAUUAAAACGGUCUCACUGCUGCUUGUCCUGAGCUUUUAUUAUCAAAAGUAGGUAUUUUAAAGUGUUUUGAACUGUGUAAACACUAAAGACAAAGAUGGAGAUAAGCUCAGGAUAUUGUGUCUGGACAGAAGAGAUAACACUGAAGCUCCUCUCGUUCUAUAUCUUGUGUGUGUGAUUAGUCUGUCAGGGGGAAUCAAACAGGAUUCAUGAAGAAACCUGCAGGACCUGGAUUCACAUGUUCAUCACUACUUGAUCCUGAAUACAUCCAGGGCUGCUGCACACACACACACAUAACAGAACCGGGGGGGAGUAGAGCUUGGUUCUUGUUCUCAACAUGUUUAACACUAACACUAAUAAGUAAAACAGUCACGUCCAGCAGCUGCAGUAAAAUAAAUGCAACCCUAAGAAGGUUAAAUGUAGAAAUACUAAUACUGCAAGUGUGAGUUGAGAUUAAGGUAUUUCUUAUAUAAUUAGUAAUGCAGUUUUAUGUAUGUAUAAUUGAUUGAUCUAUCCUAACAGUUAACCAUUCAAGGUCAAUGCCUAACCUCUUCUAACUUCCAGACAUGGCUCUUUAAGCACAAUGUCAUUCAUAUUAAAAUGUUGGAAGCUGAAUCAAUAAAAACCUUCACAAACA